AACAUGCGUCAGUCGCGAGCAUGCUAUGCUAAGGUUUGAACAUAUGGGGCAUGUACACGCUUCUUUGGGCGUAUUCAACGUGGACUUGUUAUUAAUAUCGGCUGAAAAACUCUCAUUUUAAUCAUGAAAAACAACACAUAGACGCUGGAACUGUCUAUUAACUAACCAGUUGGUAGCUAUAAUACUGUAGUUAGCAUGUCGUUUCAAGAGUGGGCUGCAUCCCAGCUUGCAGAGAUAGAACUUCUCACGAGCAUGUUCCCCACGCAUGAAGAACUGGAAAUGGUGGACCACCUGGCAAUGGCCGAGCUCCGCGACUACGUGGACGGAUCAUCAUCAUCACCUCCUUCCUCCAGACCCCAGUUCGUCAUCAAGCAGAAGCUACAGGAUGACAGCACAGAGGGAGUGGAUUUUAUACUCUCCUGUACUUUUCCAUCAGAAUAUCCCAGUGUCAUCCCAGAGGUAACGAUCAGGUCUUCUGGACUGAGCCGAGCCCAGCAGACGCAGCUGCACUGCGGUCUCAACGCGUACCUCACGGAAGCCUGCCUGGGGGAAGUGUGCGUGCUGUCAGCGGUGGACUGGCUGAGAGACAACCUGCAGGACUUCGUUAACAAGAGGAGCCCGUCGGCUCCUCUUGAGAGGGACGCGGCCUCGCUGCAGCGGCAGGAAGCCUUCAGUCGAUUGUGGAUCUACAGCCAUCACAUCUACAACAGCACCAAGAGGAAGAACAUCCUGGAGUGGGCGAAAGAGCUCGGCUUGACCGGGUUCAGCAUGCCUGGGAAGCCUGGGAUUGUGUGUGUGGAAGGCCCACAGUCGGCCUGCGAGGAGUUCUGGUCCAGAGUGAAGGUUCUCACAUGGAAGCGGAUCAUGAUUCGACACAGAGAGGACAUUUCCCUGCUGGGCGACAGUGCCGACUCCCUGCGCAAGUUCUCAGGCUUUGAGGAGGCCGUGUUUGACCCUCACGGGACCAGAGGCAACCACAUGGACCUGGGCCUGCUCUACCAGUUUUUACAGGAGAAAGGCUGCUGUGACGUCUUUCAAAUGUAUUUUGGGAUUGAAGGCAGGUAGAGGGACUUUGGUUCAUUUGCAAACCAGCGAUGAAGCGAUACAGCCAACAACUGUGGGGUGUAAAGCCAAAAGAACAUGUUUGUAAUUAUGUUUCCACACCUACAGUCAUGGCUCAAAGCAGUGUUUCUCCAGAGGACCAUGAAUAUGUUGUCAAGGAUAAUUCAUAUUUGCAAUUUUAAUAGCGCUGCAUGCCCCGCAGAGCCCGUUUGUUUCGCUAAUGAUACUUCUGUCCGGUUCUAUUUGGGCUAUCUUGACAUCUUCUUUUAUUAAGUCUAUUGAUUUAAUCCCAAGAAUUAUAGCGAUAACAUCGCUGUCCAAUUUACUUUUAACGAUAAGGCAGAUCAAUGCUCUGUGUCCCCACACCCAAUUAAAACUCGGGAAUACCCACCAUGGGUUUUUUAAUUGCUAAUAUCCCAGAUAAAAAUCACACAUAUGUUUUAAAAAAAAAUAGCUCCAGAUGCUUUACAUCAUUUUUAUAAAACUAUAAAACAUAUACCUGGAAAAAACAAAUCACAAGCUAUGUAUUUAGUAAGUCAUUUAACUGUGCAAAUAUAAGGUACAGCAUUUUCUGUGAUCACUUCUGUGCCUCCACUGCACGUAUUUUACCUUUUAAAAAUUGUAAUUACUGAAAGGAAGUCGACUGCUUCAGGAAGAGCAGCCUUUGUGUGCUUGUUCCAAUCUGUCCAGCAGAUGGCACUGUUUAAUCAUCAAACCCGCUGCAGUGCUCGCAAUGGCGUCAAUCACAAUAACGCCAGACAAGGCUAGCUAAUUAGCUACUCCAAAUUGCUGAAAACCUACUCUAAAGCAGCUAAAUAUCUUCUUAAUACCAUAGUGUUGGUUUCAUUGAUCAUUUUAGUACAGUUGCCAUUGAUUAUUAUUUAACUAAGUAACAAUUUCGCCCCAUUUUACAGUUAAAAAGAAAAAUAAAGCACAAGCUCAUCAAUCAGGCUCCUAUUAAAGCCACAUAGAACCAAUGUUUCUAGAUCAUUGACAUUGGGGCUGCGUUAUUGACCAGCUCUCUGUGCCUUUGCUUGUGGUGCAGGUCAUUAACAAUCCUGAUCAAUACAGGUAACGGGUCACUCAUCAGGACGUACUUUCUUCUUUUUAUUGUCACCCACAGCCUCGUUGUAGCCUCCAUCUUGGCUUUGCAAUGUAAUACCACAUUUGUUGCAAUUCAUUCUUUUGACUGACAAUUGUAAAAAAUAGUACUUGUGGUAGCAGCGUGUGUUUGAUGCUGUAGCGCAAUUGUACAAAUAAGAUUUGUGUCAUUUUAAA